AAAGGGAGCGCGGCGCGGGCGCAGCGGGGCCCUCGCGGGGAGCCGAGCCACCGCAAUGACGGCCGAGCAGCGCCGGAACCUGCACGCCUUCCAGGACUAUGUCAGGAAGACCCUGGACCCCACCCACAUCCUGAGCUACAUGGCCCCCUGGUUGAGGGACGAUAUGGUGCAGUGUAUUCAGGCUGAGAAAAACAAUAGAGGCACGAUGGAGGCUGCCUCACUCUUUCUUAGGUUCCUGUUGGAGCUCCAGGAGGAAGGCUGGUUCCGUGGCUUUUUGGACGCCCUUGCCCAAGCAGGUUAUUCUGGACUUUAUGAAGCCAUUGAAAGUUGGGAUUUCCAAAAAAUGGAAAAGUUGGAGGAGCAUAGAGCACUUUUAAGGCGUUUACAACCAGAAUUUAAAACCAGAAUUAAUCCGAAAGAUAUCCUUCCUGAAAUAUCUGAAUGUUUAAUUAAUCAGGAAUGUGAAGAAAUUAUACAGGUUUGUUCCAACAAGGGGCUGAUGGCAGGUGCAGAGAAAAUGGUUGAAUGCCUUCUCAGAUCAGACAAGGAGAACUGGCCCAAAACUUUGAAACUUGCUUUGGAGAAAGAAGAGAGCAAGUUCAGUGAGCUGUGGCUUGUAGAGCAAGGUUCAAAAGGUGUUGAACCUGAAGAUCUUGAGAAUGAGGAAAUGGAAACUUCUGACAUACAGAUUUUCUACAAGGAGGAGCCAGACUACCAGAAUCUUAGUCAGAAUUCAAGUCCACCUUCAGAAGUGUCUCAUACUUACAGCCCAUUGAAGCCAAGAAAUUACCAACUAGAACUCGCUUUGCCUGCUAAGGAGGGAAAAAACACAAUCAUAUGUGCUCCUACUGGUUGUGGAAAAACCUUUGUUUCACUUCUUAUAUGUGAACAUCAUCUUAAAAAAUUUCCGCAAGGACAGAAGGGGAAGGUGGUCUUUUUCGCUAUUCAAGUCCCAGUGUAUGAACAGCAGAAAUCUGUGUUCUCAAACUAUUUUGAAAGACGUGGGUACAAAGUCGCAGGCAUUUCUGGAGAAACAUCUGAGAAUGUCUCAGUGGAACAGAUUGUUGAGAACAAUGACAUCAUCAUUUUAACUCCACAGAUUCUUGUGAACAGCCUUAAGAGUGGGACGAUUCCAUCACUCUCUGUCUUCACUUUGAUGAUAUUUGAUGAAUGCCACAACACCAGUAAACACCAUCCUUACAAUAUGAUCAUGUUUAAUUAUCUAGAUCAGAAACUUGGAGGAUCUUCAGAUCUGCUGCCCCAGGUCGUUGGGCUGACGGCGUCCGUUGGUGUUGGAGAUGCAAAGAACACAGCUGAAGCCAUGGAAUAUAUCUGCAAACUGUGCGCAUCUCUUGACACGUCAGUGAUCUCAACCGUCAAAGAGAACCUGCAGGAGCUGACGGAAGUUGUUUAUAAGCCUGAGAAGGAUUUCAGGAAAGUGGAAUCGUGGACCACCAACAGCUUUAAAUACAUCAUAUCUCAGCUGAUGAGGGAGACACAGAGUCUGGCGAAGAGUAUCUUGGACGAACUCGGCACCACCACUGUCGAAAACUUAUCUCACAUUCAAAAUCAGGAUUUUGGAACACAGAAAUAUGAACAAUGGAUUAUUGCGGUUCAGAAAGCGUGCGUGGUGUUUCAGCUGCCCGACAAAGCUGAAGAGAGCAGGAUUUGUAAAGCGCUGUUUCUGUACACUUCUCAUCUGCGGAAAUAUAAUGAUGCCCUCAUUAUCAGUGAGCAUGCACGAAUAAAAGAUGCUCUGGAUUACUUGAAAGACUUCUUCAAUAAUGUCCGCGCGGCAGGAUUUGAUGAGACUGAGCAAGAUCUCACUAGAAGAUUUGAAGAAAAGCUGCAGGAACUAGAAAGUGUUUCCAUGGAUCCCAGCAACGAGAACCCUAAGCUCCAAGACCUCUGCUUCAUCUUGCAAGAGGAGUACCACUUAAACCCGGAGACUAGAACCAUUCUCUUUGCGAAAACCAGGGCCCUUGUGGAUGCUUUAAAGAAAUGGAUUGAAGAAAAUCCUAAACUGAGUUUUCUAAGACCUGGCAUAUUGACUGGACGUGGCAAAACAAGUAGUAACACAGGAAUGACCCUCCCGGCACAGAAGUGUGCAUUGGAUGCCUUCAGAACCGAUGGAGAUAACAGGAUUCUGAUCACCACCUCAGUUGCUGAUGAAGGCAUCGACAUUGCUCAGUGCAAUCUGGUCAUCCUGUAUGAGUACGUGGGCAAUGUCAUCAAAAUGAUCCAAACCAGAGGCAGAGGAAGAGCAAAAGGUAGCAAGUGCCUCCUUCUGACUAGUGAUGCUGAUGUAAUUGAAAAGGAGAAAAUAAACAUGUACAAAGAAAAAAUGAUGAAUGACUGCAUUUUAAACCUUCAGGCAUGGAAUGAAGCAGUAUUUAAAGAAAAGAUUCACCAGAUACAAAUUCAUGAAAAAUUCAUCAGAGAUAGUCAAGGAAAAGCAGAACCUGUACUUGAUAAGAAGAAUAAAAAACUGCUCUGCAGAAAGUGCAAAGCCUUUGCAUGUUAUACGGCCGACAUAAGGGUGAUCGAGGAAUGCCAUUACACUGUGGUUGGAGAUGCUUUCAAGGAAUGCUUUGUGUGUGAAAAACACCCCAAACCAAAGAGCUUUGGGAGUUUUGAGAAGAGAGCAAAGAUAUUCUGUGCCGGAGAGAACUGCAGACAUGACUGGGGAAUCUAUGUGAAGUAUAGGGCAUUUGAGAUUCCAGUUAUAAAAAUUCAAAGUUUUGUGGUGGAGGAUAUUGCAACCGGAGUUCAGACACUGUAUGCCAAGUGGACGGACUUUCAUUUUGAGAAAAUACCGUUCGAUGCUGCAGAAAUGCCCCAAUGACCUGACGACCUCAGUCUUCAGCUACAGGGAAGGGGUGACCUGAGUGAAGAAGAAAUUAGCCCCAGUGGGUAAAUCAUGAAUUGCUUGUACCACCAUGAAGAUGUUUUACCUGAGGCUUGUACCACACUGAAUGUUUAUUACUGAACUUCACCUUCUGUGUGUUAAUUUCAACACUUUGUAGUCCAUCAUACAUGUAAAGCACAAGGGAGGGAACCACAGCCCCGAAUGCUCUUACGCCAAUAGAGCUUUAAGUACUGGGGAAAAGUUACAAAGCCUGAACUUCCGUUUCUAUCCUUCCCUUCAGAACCAACUGCCAGUGUGUACCCAGUAGCCACUCAGUACACACUGGAAUAAAUGAAUGAAUGAAUGUUGAAAGGGUUUUCCUGA